GGAGGAGUUCAGUCAACUGUAACAACAGCUUAUAAACACAUGUGGACUUGGUACUGAGGUGCUGAGCCAAGUGGGAGACAGACUUUCAUAAGGGCAGCCACCACAUCAGGCUCCUGUCGUGUUCCCCAGCAGCCAUCAUUUCUUAGCACGGGAAACUGCCCAAUGAGUCUUAGUUGAGGAAGUUUGAAAGAAACUUGUGAAGAGAAGGAAAUACGUUUACACGUCAACCAGAAACAAGGUGUUCAAGAAGGAUCAGUGAAACGUCUGCAUUUCCAGGGAAGAAACAGGAGCAAUAACUGAGCUUUGGCGCUAGCUGAGCUAGAGUGCAACAUCAGCGAAAGGAAAAGUCCACAUUUCUGCUCUCUGUUGCAGGUUUAGAGAAACCAGGAGACUGCCAUCAUGGCGGGGAAACCCAAGCUUCACUACUUCAAUGGACGGGGCAGAAUGGAGGCCAUCCGGUGGCUCCUGGCUGCAGCUGGAGUAGAGUUUGAAGAGAUAUUUAUAAAAACUCCAGAAGACUUGGAUAAGUUAAGAAAUGAAGGGAGUUUGAUGUUCCAGCAAGUGCCCAUGGUUGAAAUUGAUGGGAUGAAGCUGGUGCAGACCAGAGCCAUUCUCAACUACAUUGCCACCAAAUACAACCUCUAUGGGAAAGACAUGAAAGAGAGAGCUCUGAUUGAUAUGUAUGCAGAGGGUGUGGUAGACCUGGGUGAAAUGAUCAUGCAUUUGCCACUGUGCCCACCUGAUCAAAAAGAUGCCAAGACGACCCAGAUCAAAGAGAGUAUAACAAACCGUUAUCUUCCUGCAUUUGAAAAAGUGUUGAAGGGCCAUGGACAAGACUAUCUUGUGGGCAACAAGCUGAGCAGGGCUGACAUCCACCUGGUUGAACUUCUCUACUAUGUGGAAGAGGUGGACCCCAGCCUUUUGGCCAACUUCCCUCUGCUGAAGGCCCUGAAAACCAGAGUCAGCAAUCUCCCUGCCGUGAAGAAGUUUUUGCAGCCUGGCAGCCAGAGGAAGCCUCCCAUGGAUGAGAAAAAUUUGGAAGAAGCAAAGAAGAUUUUCAGGAUGUAAUAAUGCAGGCAUGGCUGCCCAGAACACAGGGAAAACGUCAAGAGAUUGAAGUUUUCCAACAGUGAAGUGCUUUACCUAUAUGUAGAUCCUGGCUACUGUGAAGCUAAUAAAUUUUCCAAAGUAUAAGGGCUAAUUUAAUUAGAAUGCAGAUUUAGUUGCAGAACAAUCCAUUUUGUUUUGAUCACAUACGAAAUCACGAUCUCCUCCUAGAAUGUGCCUGGUACUUAAACAUAAAUAAAG